CCUUGGUGUUACGAUGAAUGCAUCUCAGUGUCAUAACAUACUACAGUUUUGACACGUUGGUACGUUGUCCAUAAUACUCCAUCAGAGAGCUAGGCUUGGUUCGUUCGACCCACCGCUCUAGAUCACCAGCUUCAUCCUCACCGAGCGAUCAUGGGGGCAACCGCGGACGAGGUGCGAGUUCUCGGCGUCACCCACGUCCAGCCUGACCACCAGAUCACUAACCUACGGCCGCUGGCCGACGACCACACCAUGAAGCUCUCCUUCCUCGACUCCUUCCACGUCGCCACGGGGCCGAUCCAGCGGCUCUUCUUCUACGACGGCCCCGGCCUCCCGCCGUUCCCGUCCAUCGUCGGCUCGCUCCGCUCCUCCCUGGCUACCACGCUCCCCGUCUUCAUCCCGCUUGCCGGAAAGUUGGCCUUCCGGCCCGCCUCCGGCGACGUCGUGGUGGACUGCUCCCCCUCCGCCAUCUCAUCCUCGGGCGUCAAGUUCGUGGAGGCCGAGUUCCUGGCAGGCGCCGACGCCUUGCGCCGCCUCGCCGGCGACGACGAGCACGACACCGAGGCGUUCGCGCGGCUGGUGCCGGAACUCGAUGAUGCCGGGAAGCUUCCGGCGCCGGUGCUCGCGGUGCAGGUCACGAGGCCGGCAGGCAACAGCAGCGGCGUGGUGGCCGUCGGCGUCUCCCUCCACCACGCCGUGGCCGAUGGCAAGUCGUUUUGGCAGUUCAUGACGUGGUGGUCAGCCGCAUCGCGUGGAGACUUGCUCGCCGCCGCGCCGGACGACCUCGUGCCGCCGUCGUUCGACCGGACUGCGAUUCGCCACCCCAGCGAAGAGGAGCUCACCGUCUGGAUAUUGCGGUUGAGAGCGCCAAUGCUUCCUACGCUCGGACGGCGGUCGGCAGGUACUGCGUGCCGGCGCACCAGAACCUUCCUCCUCGUCGCCGACGAGAUCCAGUCGUUGAAGCGACGCAUUUCACAACAUCUGCCCAAACCAGCGAGCGCCUAUGUUGCCAUCUCGUCCCUGUCCUGGACGUGCAUCAUCGAGGCCAAGGCGUCGUCACACAUGAUCCACAAUGACGACGACGUCUUCCUGAUCGUGCACGCGGACUGCCGUGGCCGUCUCCGCGGGCCCCCGAUCCAAGUGGGAUUCUUCGGGAACUGUGUCAAGUCAUGCUACGCGAGAGCCAGAGCGGCGGACCUGAUGCCCACGCACCGCCUUGGUGAGCAUGUCGACGGCCUUGCGCACGCCGCCGCGGCCAUCCAAGAGGCGAUCCGCGACGGGUUGGAGGCGACAGGGGAGAACCCAUUCUCCAACUUUGGGGAGGUGCUGAAGUACCACAUGGCGCUGCCGCCGGGGAGGGCGAGCACGGUGGGGUCGUCUCAUCGGUUCAUGGCAUACCAGACGGACUUCGGGUGGGGCCCACCUAUCCGCGUCGAGCUGGCGUCCAUCUUCGGGAGCAGCGACAUGGUGGCGCUGCUGGGAGCAAGGGACGGCAGCGUGCAGGUCUCGGUGACGCUCGACGGGGCGUGCAUGGAUGCCUUCGCCCCUGAUUUCAUGGGCGUCAUCAACGGCUUGAAAUUCUAGAUGUACACAUGUAAUAAUGUUGAAUAGAUGUGAAUCGCACAUGGUUAAUCGUGCUUCAGUAUUUGGUGAGAUAUACCGAUUUCCGUGUAAAAUUUCAGAAAACCCAACUCUGACCGAAUGAUUAGGCUGUUCAUAGUGAAGGGUAUCAUAUAUUAGUAUCAUGCAUAUGAUACUAGUGUAUGAUACUAUCUUUAUAGUGCAUAGUAUUACAAAGUAGUAUCAUAGAUGAUCAUAUUUAUUGUCAUGCAUGACACAAAGUAGCAUAACAUUUAACAUCAUAUGAUAUCUACAUAUAUUGCUUUAACCCUCUGUCUCUUCUU